CACUCCAUUGGAUCGACCCCACUCCCUCCCUUGUGAACACAUUGCAAUGACGCACUUGAAUCAAAAAAACGAGGCUUUAUGACAAUAAAAAUGAAUCAUUGUGACACAGAAGUGAUGAAAUGUAAACUCACCAAAAACGGAUUUUUUUCGACGACGUUUGGAUGAUAUCGACGGUGACGUCAUCUCUCCGCCAAAACUGGACGAGGAUGUGAUAAGUUUGGCGAGCAGGAGUCGUAAGUGAUUAAGUUGCAGGGGGAAGGGCGACACUCUGCGCUGACAUGCAAGUGUGGAAAUGGGCGUUCUUGCUGCUGCUCGCGGGUCCAUGCUGGACGCUGCAGGAGGAGGGGGAAGAGGACGACACAGUGGCAGGAGACAUCGGCGUCCAUCAGCAGGGGCGGCUGGUGGAGCUGCUGACCUCCCUCGAGUGCCAAGAACUCCUGGUCGCCCUCUCCAAUCCGGAGGAAAACGUCGCAGAGCACGCCGACGGCCUCUCGCUGGAACACAAUCAGCUCCGCGCCAAGAGAGACACGGCCUCACUCCAAGACAGCGAGACCGAGUGCAGGGUGGCCCUCGGAGCCUGGCUGGAGAAGUACGGGGCAGAGAUGUACUACGACCGCCUCUCCCGGGCCCUGCAACACAUCGGCAGAACGGACGUGGCCCUCGAGGUCGGCAAGAACAUCAACCAGGACAAGAUCUUGAACCUGCAGCGCUACGCCCAAGGAUAUCACCGGUUUGCCAGCUCCCUGAAGUCCCGAGAGGUGCGACCGCAAAAAGGCCAGAAGGGCAGGAAGAAACGAGUGUCGGAGCUGACGUGGCGCGACCUGGACCUCGUCGUGCUGCGGCCCCCCGUUGCCGCCUACGCCAAGGGCCCCUUGGACGUGGCGCUCCCUCUUCUGUACGGCGUCCUGCUGGGCUUCGGGGGCUCCUUGCUGGCCGCCGUCGCCGCCCUCCUCGCCGCCCUGCGCUUGGCGCGCUGGAACCGGAGAUGCCGUGGAGCCCGGGUGGUCUACGACUGUAAGGUGACGGCGUAGAGCUGGUCUUGGUCGAGAGAAACCACUAUAAAGCAGCUCUGUAGGGGGCAAGAAAUCAGUUUUUGCCUCGCUAUAUUGGGGGGGGGUGACAGAUGCACCCCCUAGUCUAGUACCCGCACUCUUUUACUACGAAGCCACGCUGUUCUAACACGUGGCUUGGCGUCGUCUUGCUGAAAUAAGCAGGGGCGUCCAUGAUAACAACAUUAUGUUGCUCCAAAAGCUGUAUGUACCUUUCAGCAUUAAUGGUGCCUUCACAGAUGUGUAAGUUACCCAUGUCUUGGCCACUAAUACACCACCCAUACCAUCACACAUGCUGCCUUUUACACUUUCACCCGAGAACAAUCCGGAUGGUUCUUUUCCUCUUUGGUCCAGUUUCCAAAAACAAUUUGAAAUGUGGACUCGUCAGACCACAGAACACUUUUUCCACUUUGCAUCAGUCCAUCUUAGAUGAGCUCGGGGCCCAGCGAAGCCGGCGGAAAUUCUGGGUGUUGUUGAUAAAAUGGCUUUGGCUUUGCAUAGUAGAGUUUUAACUUGCACUUACAGAUGUAGCGACCAACUGUAGUUACUGACAGUGGUUUUCUCAUGUGUUCAUGAGCCCAUGUGGUGAUAUCCUUUACACACUGACGUCGCUUUUUGAUGCAGUACAGCCUGAGGGAUCACACGUAAAUAUCAUGGCUUACGUGCAGUGAUUUCUCCAGAUUUUCUGAACCUUUUGAUGAUAUUACGGAGCGUAGAUGGUGAAAUCCCUAAAUUCCUUGCAAUAGCUGCUUGAGAAAUGUUGUCCUUAAACAAUUUGCUCAGGCAUUUGUUGACAAAGUGGUGACCCUCGCCCCCGUCCUUGUUUGUGAACGACGGAAGCUGCUUUUAUACCCAAUCACGGCACCCACCUGUUCCCAAUUAGCCCAUUCACCUGUGGGAUGUUCCAAAUAAGUCUUUGAUGAGCGUUCCUCGACUUUCUCACUCUUUUUUGCCACUUGUGCCAGCUUUUUUGAAACACGUCGCAGGCAUCAAAUUCUAAAUGAGCUAAUAUUUGCAAAAAAAUAUCAAAGUUUACCAGUUCCAACGUUAAAUAUCUUGUCUUUGCAGUCUAUUUAAUUGAAUAUAAGUUGAAAAGGAUUUGUUGUAUUCUCUUUUUAUUUACCAUUUACACAACGUGACAACUUCACUGCUUUCGGGGUUGGUAAGUCGACUUAAGCGGGCACAUUUAAUCGGACUUAAGGGGUCUUGGACGAGGUGCUUCCUACAUAAGGUGUCCCACGGAGGACUAGACUACUGAAGUGGUGUUACUAAAUUUGAAGUAGUGCUCGAUUCUCCCAAGGAAGACAACUUCCUGUUCACCUUCAGCGGGGUGGUGGGGGAGGAGGGUGCGCUCCAUGACAAGUGUCACGCCAAGGUGCGCUUUUCCUCCUCCAACCUAACAGCGGGAACCUGCCGUCGGAAGGAUAAUGAAAACCCCCGAAAAUAGCUGACUUGGUGCGAGCAUUUUCACACAGCGCCGC